AUUAUUAUUAUUAUUUCUCGCAUAAAUACGAUUACGUUUUAUCUUUGCCAGUGUUAUUUAGCCGGGUUUCAUUGUGAUCUUUGCGCUUGUUCCGAAAAAGGGCAUUACAUACAAGGUCCGGCUUGAGCUGUUUUAUGCGACAAUAACCGAAAGAUCGUCCCUAUCCUUGAUAUCGCUUAGGGAUAUUAUUAUUACCUCUCGGGAUUUGCAGACUACGUGUGACGUUGCAGAGCUUGGUACCGCGUUGUUGUGCGGACAAUUCUUGAUUGCAUUCGAUCAGGAACAAUGCGUGCGAUUCAGGUUAGCCAGUAUGUGAGGGGUCCCCUCGACCUCAAAGUCACAGACCUCCCAACUCCCUCUCCGUCUCCAGACAACUACCUCAUCGAGAUCCAUUCCGCCGGAACAAACUUCUUCGACCUACUCCAAAUCCAAGGCAAAUACCAAAACCAACCACCUCUUCCAUGGAUCUCCGGCGCCGAGUUCGCAGGCACAGUCCUCGCCACGCCUACAGGAGCCUCAACCCCCAAGUUCAAAGUCGGUGAUCGUGUCUUCGGCGCUUCUCAGGGCGCAUACGCAACGCACAUCCUGGCUCCCGAAGUAUCCCUCCUCCCCAUCCCCAAGGGCUGGAGCUUCGAAGACGCAGCAGGCCUCUUCGUCACUGCGCCCACCUCCUACGGCGGGCUCGUCCAUCGCGCCAACGUCCAGCCCGGAGACUGGGUUCUCGUCCACGCCGCCGCCGGCGGAGUCGGGCUGGCCGCAGUCCAAAUCGCAAAAGCCAAAGGCGCCACGGUCAUCGCGACCGCCGGAACAGACCGUAAGCGCGAAAUCGCCCGUUCGUUCGGCGCCGACUACGUGAUCGACUACAAACAACCUACCUGGCCUGAGGAAGUCAAGAAACUCUGCUCCGCCCACCGCUCCGGCAACGGUAAAGCGGGCGUGGAUAUCGUGUACGAUCCCGUGGGGAUGAUCGAGCAGAGUCUCAAAUGCGUUGCGUGGAACGGCCGUCUACUUGUCAUUGGCUUUGCGGCCGGGAAGAUCGAGAAAGUCGCGAUGAAUCGCGUCUUGUUGAAGAAUGUGAGUAUUGUAGGCUUGCAUUGGGGACAGUAUGCGAAGCAUGAGAAGGAGACGGUGGACAAGGUCUGGGAGGGGAUUUUUGAUUUGGUGAAACAGGGCAAGUUUCGAGGGACGGCGUUUACGGAUGAGAGUUUCGUCGGGUUGGAGAGUGUGCCGAGGGCGUUGAAGGCGCUGGGUGGUCGGGAGACGUGGGGGAAGGUGGUUGUUAAGGUUGUUGAUGGUGGAAAGCAGUCGAAAUUGUGAAGGAAUAAUCCUCGGUGGAUGUUUGGAUAGGAGUAUGUAUAUACAUACGUGUGUCGUUUUGGGACGGCCAGGGAGAUUCUAGCAGAAAAGGAAUGGCCACUAUAGACUUGUCUAUUACUUACUUCUAUCGUGCUGAUGGUUGAUUG